AUAUGCUUACAUAUAUAAAAAAUUAUUUACAGUCCUCUGUAAUAUCAGUUAGAUUGAAUCGGGUUCGUUUGACGGACGUAGCAGCACGAUUGAGAAACAUGUCGGUCGUAGUAAACGUAAAGCAGGGUAAAUUGGAAGGUUCUUUGUGCGAAAGCGUGUUAGGAACAUCUUACUUUAGUUUCAAAGGAAUACCUUUUGCCGCACCUCCCCUUGGUCCGUUAAGAUUUAAGGAUCCCGAACCUCCGGCUUCAUGGACCGGACUGAGAGAUGCUCGAAAUAUCAAGGUGAAUUGUUGCGUGCAGCCGGACGAACUGUCGCGAACCGAUAUCAUCGGUAACGAGGAUUCACUUUAUCUUAAUGUUUAUACGAGUUCGUUGACGGGAAGUAAAGCUGUUAUGGUUUAUAUUCAUGGUGGUGGAUUUAUUUUCGGUUCUGGCACCGAACAAGUCGUUAGGCCGGAUUACUUUAUGAACAAGGACAUUGUUCUCGUUACCACAAAUUAUAGACUAGGGGUUUUAGGAUUUUUAAAUUUGGACGACGAGGUCGCCUCUGGUAAUCAAGGCUUAAAGGACCAAGUGGCAGCGUUAAAGUGGGUUCAGGAAAACAUUUCGAAUUUCGGAGGAAAUGCCAAAAAUGUAACGAUAUUUGGAGUUAGCGCCGGUGGGACGUCCAUUCAUUAUUUAACAUUGUCGCCUAUGGCGAAAGGUCUUUUUCACAAGGCGAUAUAUCAAAGCGGAACGGCAACGUGUCCUUGGGCCAUAGGACUGAGUAAGCCAGAAAAUUGCAUUAAACUUGCAUCGAUCCUUGGCUUCGAGGAUUCGAAGGAUCCUAAAGAAAUCGUUGAAUUUCUCCGAACGGUUCCAGCUUCGCAACUUAUAGAGGCACAGUUCAAAAUUCUUACACCCUCGGAAACGUCUGUCGAAAAUUUGCCGGUCGGGCCAGUCGUGGAUGUCAAAUCGAAAAAUCCAUUUUUACCUCGUCCGAUAAAGGAAUGCUUAAAAGACGACGCUGAUAUACCGAUUAUGCUCGGUUAUACGAGUAAUGAAUUUAUAAUGUUUUUGAAAGAUACCAGCGAAGGAGACUUGAAAACAAUGGACAAAACGCUGAAGAAUCAUAUUGCAAAAUUAGCUAUUUCAAAGGAGCCCGAAAAAAUUGAUCGAUUGCUGAAAGACGUGAAAAAUUAUUACUUCGAUAACGAGGAACCGUUAAGCAAGGAAAAUAUUCCGUCUUUGAUAAGUCUUUUGAGCGAUAUAUAUUUUUGUUGUCCGAUCAAUAUGAUAGCCGACGAUCGAAGAAAGAGAGAGUGUGCACCAACUUAUUUAUAUAAAUUUUCCUAUGUCGGCGAUGAAGUCACCAUUACUCAUUUGUUAAAAACGAUUCAAGCCAAGUCGGAUAACUCGGAUUACUAUCCAAAGGGAGCUUCUCAUGCCGACGAACAGUCUUAUCUCUUUUAUUUGCCGUUAUGCAAAGCUACGAAUCGUUUACCUCCGGCUGUAGGAACAAAAGAUAGGGCUAUGAUCGAGCGACUUACAUACUUGUGGAGCAAUUUUGCAAAAACUGGCUGUCCAACGUCGUCAUUGAACGAAUAUGUCGAUAAUACCUGGAUACCUGUAAGCAAGGAUAGUUUUACUUACUUAGAUAUAAACAAUCGUCUUAUGAAUUGUCCAUUGAAAGAUAAUUUAGCAGAAAUUUAUCAAAAAAAUGCUUGAAGAGCGAAAAAUAAUUUAACGAUAUGAGUACGUAUUUCGAACUAUACCUUUUCGUCAACGUGUCUUUCUCAUAAGGUGACUUGAUUUUUUCCCAAGCCUUACUUUACAUUUUAUCAUUUAUGCAAUAAUAAAUAUCAUUUUAUCCUC